CCAGCCUCUCUCCUCCCCUCUCUCCCCCUCUCCCCCAGCCUCUCUCCCCUGCCCCUCUCUAAGCCCCGUGCCACCUGCAGCAAUGCCUUCACCACUCUUUUUGAUUUUCUCCCGGCACUGGACGGGGGAGCGGUGGACCCCCAGGACCCCCAGAGCCCGGGACACCUGACGGUACACCCUCAUGUUCCGAAACGAAGCGGCCAGCUGAUCCUGCACCCCCUGCUCCCCCCACACCCCGAUCAGCAGCCGGAUCUCAGAGCUCUCCCACGCUUUCUUCUGCUCCGAGGCUGGCAGGAGAAGGGCGGGGCUGUCUUCUUCGUCUUCCUCUUCCUCCUCCUCUUCUUCUUCCUCUUCAACGUCACCGCCGGGAGCCCCCCUGCGCUCCCCGCCGACGCCACCAGGGGGCGCCCGGUAGAACCGAAACCCCCGCCUCAGCCGCUGCGGCUCCCUGCUGGCCCCCUCCUCCUCAUCAUCAUCAUCAUCCUCCUUCUCCUUCUCGUCCCCCCGGCGGGUGGCGACGCUCUUCCAUUUCUUAUACUCCACUUUGAGCUUCUUCGCUUUCUCCCGGCACUGGACCGGGCUGCGGUGAAUCCCGACCCGCUUCAGAACCUGCGAGACGUGCUUGUAAACGCGCAGGUUGCGCAGCGAUGCGUUCAGCUGCGCCUGCACCCCCGGGUCGCCCCAGGCACGGAUCAGCUGCCGCACCUCGAAGUUCUCCCAGGGGCCGGAGUUGGGUUUGUCCCCCGGCGCCGGGGCGGCUCCGUUACUGCAGCCGCCGGCCCCCGGCUUCGCUUUGCUGGCGGUGCUGCAGACUGCGUCCGCCAUGUUCGCUUCGCUCCUGCAGUGGAAACAAGCGCACUGCUGAUAGCGAGCCCGUGUGUGCGCUGUGCGGGUAAAACGAGGGAGCAGAGAGCACACAACACGCUGUCCGGGACGCACAAGCCACGGAACGGGUUCCUAACCCGGGACAGACCCGUGAUAGAAGCGGGACAUUUUUGUAACUGCACAACACUUAUGGAGAAGCCACAUGUCGAAACUGAAAACAAAAUACCACCAAAAUAUGAACCCACUUCCUUCUUUCAACUUAACAGCGUUACCAAGCGCUCACGCAGCCAGUUCACUCACUUCAGAGCCAUGCACCCGUGCGCGUUCACUUCGCUGCUGCUGCUGCUGCUAAUCAGCGCAGCUCAAAGCCAAAACGCUGCAUUCAAAUCCAUUAGUGGGUUUCUGGAGUGCAAGAAAGCGCUCAAUGUAUCCGCCUUGGAGGUCCUGCCGGGGGGCGGUUGGGACAACCUGCGCAACGUUGACAUGGGCCGGGUGAUGAAUUUUAACUACUCCCAGUGCCAAACCACAGAGGACGGGGUCUACCUGAUACCGGACGAGGUGUUUGCGGUCCCAGAGAAGCAGAGCAAAGUGGAGAGCAGCUCCGAGAUCAUUGAGAGCUGGCUGGAACACAGAAGCUCCGUGGCGCAUUCGGUUAACGCGGAGGUCUCCUACUUGUCGGCGGUGAACGGGAAAUUCUCGACGGAGAAUCAAAGGGUGAAGACUCACCAAGUGCGGGACAGAGCGGUGACCACGAGGGUGCAGGUGAGAAACUUCAUGUACAGCGUGAAGGCCAACCCAGACUUCACCUUCGACCCCCGCUUCAGGAAACAAGUACAGGACAUCGCCAACGCCCUGGAAAACAACCAGACCAGGAUGGCCAACUAUCUCUCCGAGAUGCUGGUGCUGAACUACGGGACACAUGUCCUGACCUCAGUGGACGCCGGGGCCAGCCUCGUCCAGGAAGACUACCUGCAAUCCUCCUUCGUCUCCGACGCCUUCGGAACAAAGUCCUCCAUCUCGGCUUCGGCUGGGGUCAACUUCUUCAACAAGGUCAACAUCGGGGUAGGAGGUUCCAGCAGUCAAGAGGACACCUUUACCCAGCAGUACGUGGGCAACACCACCUAUUCCCUGACGGAAAGCCACGGAGGAGUCCCUUUCUACCCAGGCAUCACCCUCCAGAAGUGGCAAGAAAAUAUUGCCAACAACCUGGUGGCCAUCGACCGCUCCGGGCUGCCUCUGCACUUCUUUCUCACCCGGGAGACCCUGCCUGGCCUCCCCGAACCCACCAUCCGCAAGCUCUCGAAAACCAUCGACCGAGCCAUCCGGACCUACUACCAGAUCAACACCCGUCCCGGCUGCGUCCGUCUGGACUCCCCCAAUUUCAACUUCGAAGCCAACGUGGACGACGGCUCGUGCGAGGGAGCGCCCACCAAUUUUACCUUCGGGGGAGUUUUCCAAAACUGCACGGAGCUGAGCUCGGACGCUGGAGGUCUCUGCCAAGCCUUAGAGCAGAAGAACCCGCUGACCGGCGGCUAUUCCUGCCCGGCGCCCUACCAAGCGGUCAAGCUGCGGACCGAGGAGAAGGAGGAAGGCUACAGCCAUUACGAGUGCAGCCGACACUGCCAUGGCUGCUGGCUCCUCUUCGAGUGCUGCCAAGACGUCUGCGGAGAAGUCUACAGGAUCCGGAAAUCCCGUUUCAACGCCUUCUGGUGCGUCGCCGCCAAGGAUCCAGUCCCGGAGGAUUCUGGAUACCUCUUCGGCGGACUAUACGGCUCUUCCUCCCAGAACCCCCUCACCAAAACCAGCUCCUGCCCCUUUGGGUUUGUCACGCUCAAACUCCUGGAUGGCCUCCGGGUGUGCGUCAGCGAUGACUACGAACAGGCGGCCCGCAACUCGGUCCCGUUCGGCGGGCUCUUCAGCUGCGAAGUCGGAAACCCCUUAUCCGAGGGCUCCCGUCAGAGCUGCCCGAAAGGUUUCAGCCAACACCUGGCGGCGAUCAGCGACGGCUGUCAGGUCCUCUACUGCGUCCGGUCCGGGGAGUUCACCGGGGGUCAGUUACUGCCUGUCCGGUUGCCCCCUUUCAUCCGCAAGCCUCUGGUUAGCUACGGCUCCACCAACACCGUCAUAGUCAUGAGCGAGGGAGAAAUGUCAUGGAUCAAGGACGCCAAGAGCCAGAUGUGGAAAAUAGCCAAGCCGGAAGACUUGCAGCGGAUGACCAAGCUGCUGGACGGGCAAAGGGAGGGUUUGUCUGGGGGAGCUGUGUUCGGGGUGGUCUUUGGAGUGUUGGUUUCGGCAGCGCUUGUGGUGGGCUUGGCAGUCUACGGGAUCAAGCGAAGGCGUAGUCGGGGUUACGGGGAAAUUAGGGAGACCAGCGACGGGGAGAGAAGUGAGCGGGCUGUGGGAGGGGAGAGUGAAACCCAAAUGGAAAACGAAACCGGUUCCUCCGAUCCGAGUCGGAUGCUCCUGGCUUAAUACCAGUGACUCAGGUUUCAGAAAGGCAAUGCGGGUGGUCGAAGCUCUCAUAAUCAUUCCUGAAAUCUGACCAACCGCUUAUAAUACAGCCGCGUGCAAAUGUAUCAGAACACCUCCAGAUGUGUCAUCGAUAUCCUUUAUAUACCCGCCUGCAUGAAAACACCUCAGGGUGUGAGAAUUUCAAUCUCCGCUCAGUAAUCAGCGAUAUAGAAACAACAGGUGCUUGUGUGCGAAAAUGUCAGACCGCUCUGUGCUUUAAUCAGGCGUCUUAAACAACUUCUAAAAAGUCUCCUGCGUUUGACCGCGUGUGGCUCUGUGUUCCUUUUCUCUGACUGUUUGAAAGGUAUUGCACUUGUGGCAUAUUAAAGUCAUCAAAUAAAUGGGAGAAUCGCUAAUCUGCCUGACAAUUUUCCAGUUCCAGUGGUUUUGAUUUUACACGCACAGUAAAUCAAAACUACAGAAGCAAUGGGGUGUUCGAAUACAUGUGCACACGGCUGUCGGUCUCAAACAUGCGGUUUUGAAAGACCUUUUUCUUUAUUAACAUCAUAAGCUUGCCAUAAUAACUAAAACCUCUCUAAUUUGCCAAGCAUCACGAAUAGACUUAACUUAAUAUCAGUAUGAACUUAGCCUUACACUAAUAAAGGAUUAGCACUAGAAUCUUAUAACCUUUAAUGUAUCACAGUUAGGGAACUGCAACACUGGUGAAGGCAUUGAUUGGAACUAUUAUUAGUUAUUUUUAAUUAACGAAUCAUUUAGCAGACGCUUUUCUCCUAAGCAACUUACAGAGACUAGGAGGGUGAACUCUGCAUCAUCAACAACUGCUGCUGCUGCAGAGUCACUUCCAAUAGGAGCUCGUUUGUUUGACAUCUCAUCUGAAGGACGGAGCACAAAUUAUACUUAUGAAGGAAUCAGCUGAAAUGUUUCACUUUUGUCAAGAAGUGUCCACUUCUCUCUGUCUACUCAGUCUGUCUCCACUUCCAUACUGUGUGUUCUCAGGUCCUGGUUUCCUAGCUGCUCUUCAAGUGUUGUUUUGGGUUGACUGUGUCGAAUCCUUUUAAGAGUUUAACAGACUUCAAUCCUCUAUCUCCCUGAUUCUGUCAUUUGUACAGCUGUUCUGCUAUAAAAAAAUAAUAAUAAAUGACUUUUAACUGCU